AUGGCUUCAUCUUUUCUCUACACCUUCCUAUUCAUCAGCAUCCACACAGCAGAUGGAUUUUUAGAGUAUAUAGUGGAUCGUUGUGAAUUUAACUCCACUGAGCUGAAGGACAUGGAGUACAUCUACUCUCACUAUUACAACAAGAUAGAGUACAUCAGGUUCAGCAGCAGUGUGGGGGAGUAUGUUGGAUUCACUGAGUAUGGAGUGAUGCUGGCAGAGAUCUUGAACAAUAAUACUGCACUGCUGAAUUCAUCGAGACAAAUGAUAACGGAAUACUGUUACCACAACAUUGAUGUUCAUGAUCAGGCUAUUAUAGCUAAAUCAGUUCAGCCCAGGGUCAGAAUUAAGUCCAAGACUCCGCUUUCUGGUCAGCAUCCUGCCAUGUUGGUCUGCAGCAUCUACGACUUCUUUCCCAAUAAGAUCAAAGUGAGGUGGCUCAGAGAUGAACAGGAAGUCACCUCUGAUGUCACUUCCACUGAAGUGAUGCCAAAUGGUGAUUGGUACUACCAGACCCACUCCUACCUGGAGUACACACCCAGGUCUGGGGAGAACAUCUCCUGUGUGGUGGAGCACGUCAGCCUGAGUGAACCUCUGAUCACUGACUGGGAGUCGUCCUCGGACAAAUCAACGUCUGAAUCAACGCCACUGACUGCCAUCGGAGCCUCUAUACUGACCCUGGGUCUGAUCUUACUUCUGGCUGGAUUUAUUUUCUACAGGUGGAAAGCCCGAGAUCCUACACCAUCUUCCAAUGAAUGAGGCAGGAUCCUGGUCCUUGUCUUCGUUUUUUCUGAUCCAAUAAGAAUCAGGUGCUUCAUGUAUUCAGCAGACUCGUGAUGUCUGGAAUGGGCUACACACAACAUGAUCCAUGACUAAACACAUUUAUAGAUUCUUUACUGGACGUCUUCAAACCACAAUAAACAGAA